AUGGCAGCCAACGGACGACAGGACUGGGCGAACAUCGAACUGAUCAACGUGGCAAAAGCGGCGGAUGAACUCAAGCGGGCGAUGCAACACGCGUCGCGAGCGCCCCAUCGCCCUGGCGUGAGACCUCGAGGUGGACUUAGUGUGGAAGAUGCCAAGGAGGAGCUUCGAACCGCCAUCCACGAGAUGAACAGAAACGCGAUCAACUAUUGGCCUACUCCGCACGCCGUAAACUCGAUAGUCCCUCGCUCCGACUCCGCCGAAGCCAUCAUGACCCGCCACAGACUCCGCCAAGUCGGUGAUCAGUGUCUGGCGAUGCUCAAAGGCGAGAGCACCGAUAAGAAUCUCUUGGGACAACGCAUCAAGGAAUUCAUCAGGUGCAUUCUCCCGCGUCGUCCCUUUCUGGAAUGGCAGCCGAGAGAGAAUGACGAUGAUAGCCUAGGACAGGACAAGGUCCAGGAACGAGAAAUCACGACAACCCGAGGAAGGAGCCGCCUCGCUGAGACCGCCCUCCGCAGCUAUGCCGAAGAUACAGCGGAGGGAAUGGCAGCAAUGGCAUCGGAGGAGUUAUUGGGAGGUGACUACGACGACGACGACGACGACGACGACGAGGGCGAGGAACAAGGUGGUGGGAACGAGAAUGAGAAUGAUGACCUCCACGGCAGCGAAAGUGCUCAGACCAGGAAUGAGCAGCUCGCUGCAGAUAUCGUCGCGAACCUGAUAGCUCAACGUCACGAGGAGCAGGUGGAGGGAGCGUCCGAUGGCAACGGGUGGGGUUUCCCGACGCAGCAACCCUCUGUUGCCAACACGGGCGACGAUGAAGCCGACUCAAUGGGUGGCGUCGAGCAGACAUAG